AUGAUUAAGCUGGGACUUUGUACCCUUCUGUUUAAUGAAACACAGAUUCCCAAAGUACUCUUAAUGGAUGCUGGUAUCCUCUCCUGCAGCGGCUUAGGAAGCGGUCUGCAGAAAACUGAGACACCAGAAGUCUCAGCAGCUGGAGCCCCGGGCCUUGCUGCUGCUGACAGAGGAAGGUGUCUCUCCUGCAAAACUCGCGGUCCUGCGUCUUGCCUCUUGCGCUGCGCUGCAGAUGCUCAAAUAAAUGCAGAAGAAGGAAUCCUGCAUGCUGCUGGAAAUGGUGUACCUCCAAAAACAAAGGAUUACUGCAUAAUUUACAAUUCAAAUUGGACAACUCUUCCAGAUAGCCUCAACAAUGCUACUUUCAGGAUUCUGGAAAACCUGACUUCUAUGGUACUCUGCAAUUCUUCUGAAGCUCCUUCUGGCUUACUGAAGGACAAAGCAGUUGUAGUGAUGAGAGGAAACUGCACUUUUCUGGAGAAAGCAUUAAUUGCUGAAAGACUGGGUGCUAAAAUGCUGUUGAUUGCCAGUAAACCUGGGCUAUCUCCUCUCACAGAUAACAAGACUGAGUUUAAAGAUGUGACUCUUCCAAUUGCUCUUAUAAGAUAUAAUGAUAUAAUGGAUAUGCAGCUGACUCUUGGAAAUGAAAUUAAUGUGACUCUCUAUUCACCACCUUUGCCAGAGUUUGACUGCAGUAUGGUUGUCAUCUUCGUAAUUGCUGUAUUUACUGUGGCGCUAGGAGGCUAUUGGAGUGGAGUAUCAGAACUCGAGAAUUUGAAAGCUAUGGCAAGUCCUGGACAGAGAGAAACAAGACGAAAGAAGGAGGAAAAUGUUACUUUCACCCCUCUAACGGUCAUCUUGUUUGUUGUCAUCUGUUGUGUCAUGCUAGUCUUGCUUUAUUUUUUCUACAAAUGGCUAGUGUAUGUUAUAAUAUCAGUCUUUUGCUUGGCAUCUGCAAUGAGUCUAUACAACUGUCUUGCUGCAUUAAUUGGAGAAAUACCGUUUGGGCAAUGCAGGAUUGCAUGUUGCAACAAAAAUAUAGAAGUGAGGCUUAUUUUUCUUGCUGGAUUCUGCAUAGCAGCAGCUGUUGUCUGGGCAGUGUUUCGAAAUGAAGAUAGGUGGGCUUGGAUUUUGCAAGAUAUUUUGGGAGUUGCUUUCUGCCUAAACUUUAUUAAAACGUUGAAGAUGCCUAACUUUAAGUCCUGUGUGAUACUUCUAGGCCUUCUCCUUUUAUAUGAUGUGUUUUUUGUCUUCAUAACACCGUUUAUCACGAAGAAUGGGGCAAGUAUAAUGGUUGAAGUUGCAGCUGGUCCUUUUGGAAAUAGUGAAAAGAAUGAUGGAAACUUGGUGGAAGUCCCUACUGAACGCUCAGCUCCCCAUGAGAAAUUACCUGUGGUUAUUAGAGUGCCUAGACUUGAAUACUCUGCAUCAACACUGUGUGACAUGCCAUUUUCGUUGUUGGGUUUUGGAGACAUUAUUGUCCCAGGGCUUCUGGUUGCCUAUUGUCGAAGAUUUGAUGUUCAAACAAGUUCUUCUUCUGUAUAUUACAUUUCCUGUACAAUAGCUUAUGCUGUUGGUAUGGUACUGACUUUUGUUGUUUUGGCGCUAAUGAAGAUGGGACAACCUGCUCUGCUCUAUCUUGUACCAUGUACGCUCAUUACUAGCUCACUUGUUGCUUGGAGACGUAAAGAGAUGAAGAAGUUCUGGAAGGGCAGCAGUUAUCAGAUGAUGGAACAUCUGGAUUAUGCAGGAAAUGAAGAAGGCACGGCACCAGUCAGUGAACAGCCUGAAGGACAAUAACAUGUAGGAUCCUGGUCUAAAACAGUGUUCAAAUUUUCUACAAAUGAAUUACAGUAAAUUUGGUUAAUUUUUACAAUAGAUUAUUUCACAUUCUGUGUAAAAGUUUGGGAUUUUUUUUUUACUUCUGCACCUAUAUUCUUAUGGAAAGAUAUUGUUAAUGACAUAAUUAAUAGAUUUGCAUUUUUACAGCCAAACCAUAGCUAGUAAAACCGUGCCUUAUUUCAAUUUAAAUAAAAGGAUAUUUUCUAUGCAAUUUUCCAAACGUGUUUCUAUACAGUAUAUUUUUAUACAAGUUUCUUGCCCAUAUCACCUUGAAAUGUGAAACGUUUUCUUAAUUUUGAUUAAGAUUGGUCAAGUUUCACUUCUAGAAAUUAGCAGUACCCUUCAUGGGACUUCUUUACAGAUUUUGAAUGCAAAGACUGAAAGCAAUGAAACUACAGGAACUAAAGAAUUAAACUAUAGUUCCAUUGCAACUAGUAAUGGAAUAGACAGUGUGUAUGUUAAUCUAUGUACGUUGUAAGCCAUAAAAUAGGUAACAGGGCAACUUCUUUAACUUGUGGUGGUGGUCUUUUUUUUUUUUUUUUUUUGAUUGUAUACAUUGCCAACCACUUUUUUAAAAAAAUUUGCUUAUUUACACAGUGGCCCUAGAAAUUUAAAUGCAGUUCCUGGGAUAGUUAGCAAGCAAGAUGGUGUUAAAGGCAAGAAGGUUUUUGCUCAGCAAGUGUGAUUUAAUUAUUUUGGGAGAAAAGCCCUAAAAUUUUAACUCUGGCCUGGCUCUUCUCCUACCCAUUGAGACUUAGUCUAUAUUUGUGGUCUUCGUUUAGCUGUGGAUCAGUUCAAAGGGGUGAUGAGGGGGGAAAAAAAAAAAGGACAGAUUUUUCUAGCUUUGCAUCUACACCAGUUCUACAUUUUGGAAACAGUUUUGAAAAUUCUUUGCAGUUGAUA